AGAAAAAAAAAAAAAAAUCACAUUCGCUCUCAGACCGUGUGUCUCCCUGCUCAGGAAAACAACGCUGGAAAGUUCAGUCUCUAACUCAGCGAACCUAUGAAAGAAACCGGAUGACGGAUAGAUUUUAAGUUGGACUCGCGUGUCCGUGUUUGUUUUUUCACUUGAAGUGUGUGUGUUUUUAUAGACGUUUUCAGACUGGUGCUUCGGAACGCGAACUGCUUUGGGAUUGACGCUCAUCUCGAAGUUCCCAAGAUGAACUUCGGUCCGGCGGUCGGAAAACUUUUUGUGGUCGUGGCAGCACUGAUUGUUUGCCACGCGGCAGAACCCCCGGCCCCUCAGUGGUCUGGAGAGGAGUACAGAAACCUCACUCUGAGACGACUCAGGACAUGUGUGGAGAAUGAGCAGUACCUCCACCAAGGACUCUGCUGCCUGAACUGCAAGGAGGGAACGUUUGUGCAGAAGCCCUGUGAAGGUGACCUGGAGGAAGGAACAUGCGUGUCCUGUGAACACGGGCAGACGUACACCGAGCAUCCAAAUGGGAUGAACCGCUGUCUGCCCUGUACACACUGUCGCCCGGACGAAAGAGUAAUCACUCCCUGCACGACCACGACGGACACCAAGUGCGAGUGCAAGCCCGGCACAUUCUGCGUUCCUGACCAGGCCUGCGAAGUCUGCAAACGCUGUGCCAAGUGCAAAGCCGGCGAGGAAGAGGUGAAGAAUUGCACGCCCUUUUCCAACACAGUGUGCCGAAAACGAGACCCGUCCCCGACUGAAACGGUAACGCCUCGGUCUCCUCCGGUUUCCGACCCGCCAACAAACACCUGGUUUCUUGUAUUAAUGGUCUUGAUCUGCAUCAUGGUUAUCGUCGUCUUUGCAAUUAUUUUGUGGUUCCUACGGAAACAGCACUCAUGCGACGUACCAUGGUUCAAAAGCUCUUGUGAAUCAAGUGAAAUCGUAAAGAUUCCCAUCGAUGAGAGUGGAGCCACUGCGGAGGAGAAGCAGAACAACCAGAACGCCGGCCUGGAGGGCGAGGAGCCCCGGCCAGAGUCGCGGCCCCUGCUGCAGGAGACGCAGCCCGUGACGACCAAGGCCUGCCCGCCUCUGGAGGACGAGGACCGCGGACUGGGCGACAGUUUGCCCAACACCACCAGCUCGUCCCAGACGAGCCUGUCGGCGCUGCCCACCGCUGCCUCCCCUGGCAGCACCCCGCACCACAGCCCCACCGGCUUCCGACAGUUGCCUUCAGAUGCGGAUGACCCUCUUGGACAUCGAUUGCUGCCACUGCUUGGGUCGGAGAAGUCCCUCAGGAAGAGCUUCGACUUGUUCGACGAAUACCUGGACGUGCGGAUCCACAACAAGUUCUUCCGACUGAUCGGCAUCAGCGACAACCACAUUCGGAUCGCCGAGAGCGGCGCCCCUGGCGACAAAGUGUACGAACUGCUGAAGAACUGGAUGCAGAGACAGGGGCUGAAGGCCGACAUCAACGACCUGCUGGAGGCGCUGCUGAGCAUGGACCAGCGGCGCUCGGCCGAGUGCAUCGCCCACGCCGCCCUGAGGAGAGGCUACUACAAGCACGCCGACACCCCCUGAAGCUAACGAAGCUAACGCCAACGCUACUCGCCACCGGAACAAACUACAGCCGCCGUCGGUGGACGGCGUGUAUCACAGAACAGGGCUUACCUCCUUUUUUGUGGCUGUUCAGCCAUGCUUUUAAAAGCCAGUAGUUUUUCUUUUAAAAACAAAACCAAAAACAAAAUCGAAGCAUAAAAAAGGGGAAAGUCAAGACACACCAAUCAGUUGUUGACUACUCGCCAAAUGCUGAAGCAAAUAAAACAAAAAAAGGUUCAAAUAUGCUUUUGAUUGAAGCCCGAAGGCGUCGACUGUUGCGUUCUGACACAUUUGGAUGUUCUCGGCUGUCGGUGAAGAGGCCAGACACUGAAAGCACAGAAGACUCCAGCCGUGUCCCACCCAAGUCACGAGACACUACUGGCCGGAGAAAAGGGGUGGGGAUAUUAUACACUGGUUCGUAGGAGCGGCAUGGCGUGUGCCGCUAAUACCGUGUCUGUUCGAUGCACUGAUACCUGGUGGCACAUGUAGAACUGAAAACAGGUCAAGUUUCAAUGUGUUCUGUAGAUUCAAUCCUCACCGCAAAUAUCAGUCCAAGAAUACUUUUCUACUCUAACGGUGGAAAAUAUUCACAAAUGCUAACAUCCAUCCCUACUAAUGACGUAUUUACCUCUUCAUCAUUGUUUUUUUUUGUUUGUUUGUUUGUUUGUUUGUUUGUUUUUUUCCUACAACUUCAUUAUGUUCCUCAAACUGUGUUCUAGUUGUGUCCACGGUCUUUGUGUGUUCAGUGUUCUCACUUUCAAACACUGUAGAAGGAAUUGACAGGACGUUUCUAAUCGGAGCAUGCGACGAUGGUCGCCUCAACGUUUCCGUGGCGACUUGGAGAAGUUCAGUGGUCAUUCUAUUUAUUGUCAUAUUUAUUGAGAUGGUUAUUAUCUGUGAUUAUUUAUACCAUUGCCAAAAACCGAUGGUCCUGGCAGGGCAAAAAAAAAAAAAAAAAAAAAGAAAUGACUGAGAUCAAAUCCUGUCCCUGCUUGUCGGAAUAGGUUCAGAACAACAAUCCGGCUUUGCGCAUCAAAUGUGAUCCGUGUGCAGAUCACACUUUACUUUUUCUUUUUUUUUAUUUUAUUUUUUUAAAUAUCAACUGAUUUCCACAUUCAGGACAGAGCGGAGGUUUCCGUGACCCCUAAAGCAGAAUGUAUCCCGUCGAAUUAAAUUCUCAUUAACUUCGGACGUUCAACCCGUCUUUCGGCUGAACGCGUGACCCGUCGCCCGAAUCCAAGAGAUGGGGGCAGGUUACACGGCCUUUUCCUGGUGAUGCAAGAUGAAGGAAAUAUUUUCUGGAUAUAAAAAGAAGUUCAGAUGUUGUGUUUUAAAAGUUCACCCUGUGCCCAUACAUGCAUGUGCAUCCACAAGCCUUAGAAAUGUAUUUAUAUAUGCAGAUGGAUUUAGAGAUCAAAGUGAAUAUAAUGAGUUAUUGAACUGCUCAUCAACCAGAAACUGGUUGAUUUUUAUUUUUUUUUUGCUUGUUUUUUUUCUUGUUUAUGCCCAUUUGUUUUUUCUGCAUACUGUUAUGUAAAAAGCACAGAUUUAGUUAUAUAUUGUUGCUGAUGAGUGACGCUACAGUGCUGGCACUGCCAUCUAUUGACAAAACCAUGAAACUGCAGCCUGCAUCCGUUUCUAGUUAUCUACACGCCCGUCCUGUUUUAUUUUCCCGUGUCUGUUGCAUCCAUUUUUCAGCUGAAUUCUCUCCUGUUGGCCUGAUGCAGCAGAGCAGGGAAAAAUGAUUCAAUUCUCUUGUUUACUCCAUACCACAUCGUGUGUGUGUGUGUAUGUGUGUGUCUGUCUGUAGAAUUGUUUUUAAUACAUCUGUUUUUAUAUGCCUUUAGUGCAAGUCUAAGCUGUUCAGUUAAUUUCCAUUAAGUUCUGUAAUUGCCAGAUUACCGUUAAGCCAUUUCUCCCUGAGUUACUGUUUGGUUGUCAUGGAUCUUCAAAUACAAAGUGAUGUAAAUACAACAAAGCUGUUUUUACAUUAAGUUCAAAUAAAUCUUUUGUACAGUU